AUGGCCUCACUAUCGUCUUUUAGAGCUUCGCGUUCGUUUAAUUCUACCUCCGGCGAACUCAACCUCCGUAUAAACCUGCAAGAUAACACCGUAUCGCGACCUCCUACUGCGCCCGUCUCCGAAGCCGGCGACGCCUCGGCCCAACCGUCCAUCGUUUCAGCUGCCUCUUCAGCUGCUCCUGGGCGCCGAGAAACGCUCCGGAAAGCGAUCGCCCAGAGAAAGUAUCGGGGAUGGACUAUCGACCCAGCUACCUCCUCUACCGACGAUGAUGUAGGAUUGGUUGAUGGUGAUGGUGUGCCUGAUCCGAGGGCUGAAGGAGUUGUGGAGAGUACGGAGGAGGAGGACAUAGAGGUUGUCGUGCCAUCCGGUAGCGGCGGCGAAGGUGGGUCGCUGCAGGGCCGGGGGAGAGACAGGUCGAACACGGGCGGGAAUGCGAGAAGGGGUAGUGCGGAACACGUGCUUGAGAGGAGGGGGUCGCGGAGGCAGAAAGAAAAGGAGAUUGCGGAGAUGGAUAUUCUUUAUGAGAACCAGAGGGGGUAGGUUUCAUCUAGGUUGCGUUGGGGUUUUAUUGGACUGAUGGAAGUUUGCGUGGGGGGUAGGGUAUUUAUUUGCGGUAUUCCCUUAUUUUCCUCGAGGGGAUUGUUGAACCUCGACCCCGCGCCCUGGCAAAAUGGGUUAUUUCGUGAUUCGGCUGUGAGCAUUGUCAACGCACAGCUCCCAGAUCCGUCGUGGGCUUGGGUGAUUUUGCCCUCUCUGCCUCCCGUAAUAUGUUUUGUGGCUAGCCGUAGCUGACUCAACAUAGGCCUGGAAAACCUGGUAUGUGGACAUGACACAAGAUGUGGAUGAGGAAGGAUGGACGUACAGCUUCUCUUUCAAUCCUGCGUUCUCGUGGCACGGAAACCAUGUGUGGUUCCACUCCUUCGUUCGUCGACGUCGGUGGCUACGAAAGCGUAUUAAAAUAUUCUAUAAUCCGGACUUUUCCUCUCGUGAGGGUAGCCAGGAACGGCCCCAUGGGCUUAACCAAGACUAUUUCACCAUACACUCUCGGCACUUUUCAGACGGUGGAUCGGCCGGGGCAGGAGGCCGAAAGAAGAGACAACGAAGAAGUGUAAUGGAAGGAAGUGAAUGGACGGGGCAGAGUGCGGGGAUGGAUGAUGAUGAUGAAGAGGAAGGAUUUAUAACUGAUAUUCCAAAACUUUUGAGAGUGCUAAGAAUCGCCCGAUUGGAUCGCGAGAAGAUCGAAGUUGUAGAGAAAUUCCUAAAGGAUGGUGGGGAGGAGGUGGCAUAUCUCCCCGAGAGGGUAUGAUUCCUUUUAUGUGGGAAGGUUUCUUUUACUGACCCAAUACUAGAUACCUCACAUCAUGUCAUUGAUGAUAUUCCAAGCAUCCCGUCGACAACUCCUAAAGCUCCUUAUUACCGCAGCCGAUGAACUCAUCCCAUCACAACCCUCAUCUACCGUAUCAACCCCACACGCUGAGCGCUCAGAUAUUCUCCCAGCGGAUGGCCCACCAACACCACAGACAGGGCCGGUGCUGGGGCCGCAGCCGGGAACGCAGGAAGCGGGCCGGGGAGCCGCUAGGCAAAGAAAACACGAGGGCCUCAAGAAAGCAAUCGAAGCUGCGGAGCAAGAAGUCCGCCGACUCGAAUAUUGGAGUGACAUUAAGGAGGCCGCCGCCGAAACUGAGGGCAGCGUGAAAGCUGCCGAAGAACGGACUGGUGGAUUGCCCCUUGGGAUGGAUGAUUCGGAACUCAAAUGGAAGGGAAAGGAGGUGGAAAAGUGAAACGAGUAGGAAUCUGGUAUAUCUAAUUGGGUUUGGAAGGCUUUCUCAUGGUUGCCGUUACGGGUGGUCUUUGCUUUUUGCGUUCUGCUAGGUGGUUGGGUUUAUUUUCGCAAAGGAUUGCGGGGUUUCAUUCUUCUGUUCGGAUACCAGGCGCAUUUUACUGUGGGGGGGGUUUUGAAAAUAAAAUAAAAAUAGGACACCAUGAAUUGAGAAAGUGUUCAUAU